UAAUGUUUGAUCUUAAAUGAACUUUGAUUUCUAGGAUGAGAGAUUACACAAAGAUAAAUAAAUAAUCAUUAAUUGUAACAUAAAAAUACUAUGAGGAUUUAAAAUAAAGAAAUGAUAAAGAUUUAGGGUAAAAUAAGUCAUUUUGAGCUGAGUUGGCAUAACAAUAAUGGCGACACAGAUUGAAAAGCAGCAACAAUCAUUGAAAAUAAAAAAGUGGAUUUACAAAGUGGUAACUGUUGUGUUUGUAAUACUUGUGUUUUUAAAUCUACCGGCUAUAUGCCAAUCACAUGGACACGAUGAAUCACCGAGUUUCAAAUAUUCUCAAGAAGCCAAUAAAGAAUAUUUGCUAAAUCAGCAUUCUGAACUGAAACAUGAUCCAGUGCAAUCACAACAAUUUAAAAAGGUUCAUGUGCACGCCACGCAUGAUGAACAUCAAAAGCACGAUAAUGAUGAUGAUGAUCAUCAUCAUCACCAUCAUGAAUCAACUAAUCUUCCUACUAAUGAACGUAAUGAGAUAACGUUUAGAGCAAUGGGUUCUACCUUGCUCAUUUCUAUAGCACCUUUUUUUAUAUUAUUUUUUGUACCAUUAGACAAUAGUAAGGAACGUGAACCAUUAUUGAAAAUACUUUUGAGCUUUGCAUCGGGUGGUCUCCUUGGUGAUGCUUUUCUACAUCUUAUUCCCCAUGCAUUAGUUCCUCAUUCACAUGAAUCUUCACAUGAAUCUUCACAUUCCCAUACGAAAGGCCACCAACACGAAGAACCUGAUCAUAAACAUGAUAUGUCAGUUGGUCUGUGCGUUCUAUUAGGCAUUACUGUAUUUUUAAUUGUCGAAAAAGCUGUACGUAUGAUAAAAGGUGAUCAUGGACAUUCUCAUACUAUUAACGAAACUAAGAAAGAAUCUGACAAGAAGAAAGGUGCCUCUUCAACUGUCAAAAAAAAUGCUGAAUCCAAGAGCGAUAUCAAAAUUGCAGGCUACCUCAAUUUAGUUGCAGACUUUUUGCAUAAUUUUACAGAUGGUUUGGCUAUAGGAGCCAGCUAUUUAGCUGGAAACAGUAUUGGCUAUGUAACAACGUUUACUAUUUUAUUACACGAAGUACCUCAUGAAAUAGGUGACUUUGCUAUUUUGGUUCAAAGCGGUUGUAGUAAGAAAAAGGCCAUGUUGCUGCAGUUGACUACUGCAAUAGGUGCUUUGUUAGGGACUUAUGUGUCCUUAUUAGCAGAAGGAAUGGGAGAUUUUGCGACAAUGUGGAUUCUUCCGUUUACUGCUGGAGGAUUUAUCUAUAUUGCUACUGUCUCUGUGAUACCAGAAUUGUUAACUGAUACUAAGUUUUGGCAAUCAGUUAAAGAAAUAAUUGCACUUCUUGCAGGAGUAUAUAUGAUGGUACUUAUAGCAGAAUAUGAAUAGAAAUCUAUUUUUCAAAAUAUGGUCUUUUUAAUAAUACAUUUAUUAUUUUCUUUUAUUUUUUUUUUUUGUGUUUUGUUUUUUUUUUGUUUUUUGAAUAAUAUUAUUAUUAAUAUUAUUAUUCUAAUGAUAUUUGUUCACAAUCUCAAAAAUCACUAAACACAUGAUUGUUACAAUUGGUACGUACGGUAUAUGAAAUGAUAAAAUCAUGAAAUUUAUUUAUAAAUGAUGAUAUUUUAAUUGUAUAAGAUUUGAGAUUUUGUAUUAAAUUUAUUUGAAGGUAAACUUUUCAAUCUAUUCGUUAUCUCUAAAGAGAUAAAAGAAAGAAGAGAUGAUGAGGCACAUUGGUUGUACUCUUUUUUUUUUUAAAUUUAAUCUUAUCCUUUUUGUUCAGGAUUACUUAUCAAUAAUCCUUUUUCUUUCAUAAGUUUUUUAUAUUCCAUUUGUUUCUCCAUUUGUUUCCUCUUUCUCUCUUGACGCAU